AUGUCGAACCAUUUUCCAGUGGAAGAAAAUUUACAGAGGGCUCUUUCAGCGACAGAGGAUGUACCCAUAUCUCCUAAUGAGUCAUUAGGAGACUCAGACCAAGACUCAGGCGUCCUACACGAACCUAUUCAAGAGCGCUAUGAAAAUCCAUCAUAUGCCCGUUUCCGCCAGAUAGCAUCAAAGACGAUCGUUUCCUUUGGGUCCAAUGACCUUGAUAACCCGGUCAACUGGAAAAAUAGACGCAAGUUUCUAGUGCUUGCCGCUGGUGUAAUGCAGGUCAUGAACAGCACAAUUGCUUCUUCAAUAUGUAGCAACGCAAUUCCUCAGAUUGCGGCAGAAUUUGAUAUCGAAAAUCAACAAGCCCUGGUCUUGCCCAUUUCGAUUUUUCUGAUCGGCUACAUCCUGGGGCCUCUUCUGUGGGGUCCAAGCUCCGAGUAUUUUGGGCGCAGGCGCCCUUUACUCAUCGCAUACUGUGGUUUUAUGAUUUUCAUGCUAGCAUGUGCUGUUGCCAACUCGUAUCCAUCUUUGCUGGUCUUUCGUCUCCUGAAUGGAAUGAUGGCAUCGGCACCGAUCGCCACAGUGGGUGGAUUGUUUGCGGAUGUACAGGACAAUCCAACCAAGAGAGGCCGUCUAAUGGCCUAUUUUAUGGCUUGUACUACUUUUGGACCGAUAGUGGGUCCCUGGAUAUCAGGGUUUGUCGCCGUCGUGAGUUGGCGAUGGUGCUUUUGGAUUGGCCUUAUUUGUUCUGGCGCAUCCUUUCCCUUAAUCAUCAUGAUGCCGGAAACAUAUGGACCUGUUGUUUUGAAGCGACGUGCGAUGAAGCUUCGAAAAGACACUGGAAAUUCAAAUAUUGUGUCCCCACUGGAGGUCGAGAGUCGUGAUAUUCGGCAGAUGUUCCUCAUCACCAUCUCACGACCAUUCCGCAUGAUCAUCCACGAAUAUAUUGUGUCUCUGACAUCUCUGUACCUCGCCCUAGCAUAUGCCAUUUUCUAUCUUUAUUUUGAGGCAUAUCCUAUCAUCUUCCAAGAUUUAUAUGGAAUGAGUGCUGGCAUUGCCGGUUUGAUGUUUCUACCUAUUGGUAUCGGCGCUAUCCUGGCAUGUUUCGUCUUUAUCUGGUAUGACGGCUACCUUGCUCGAGCAAAGGCCCGCAAAGCCCCCUGGGCCGAAAUCGAAGAAUACCGACGACUUCCUCUCGCGUGCCUUGGUGGUCCUUUGUACGUUAUUUCACUGUUCUGGGUGGGCUGGACUUCCUCUGAAAAUAUCCCUUGGGUGGUCCCAUUCCUUUCUGGAAUACCCUUUGGAAUGGGCUAUCUUCUCAUUUUCAUGGCGAUGCUGAACUAUCUUACCGACGCAUACGAAACCUUGUCAGCUAGCGCCCAGUCAGCUGCGAGCUGCACCAGAAGCAUUUUGGGAGCAGUGCUUCCCCUUGCUGCGAAGCCAAUGUUUAAUCGACUGGGUAUUCACUGGGCAUGCAGUCUCAUCGCCUUUUUAGCCUUAGGUGUCUCGAUUAUUCCAUUUGCCUUUAUCCGUUACGGUGACCGUAUCAGAGCCAACAGCAAAUUCUGCCAGGAGCUCAAGCGCAUCAAGCAGCUUGAACAAUUGGAGCUUGAGCGAGAGGUGAACCAGCAAGAUGGGGACACUGAUUUGGAAAAGAUUCCGACAACUCACACUGGAGAGAUAAUAAGAGUUGAUACCGCUCGCAGUCACGCCGACAAGGCUUCCAUUAUUUGUUAG